GCCUCGCAGACCAAGGCGGCCGGCCAUGGGCUCCCUGCGGACGCUGCUCCUCUGGGGAGUUCUUUCAGCCCUGCUCCCCGCGGCGGCCCCCCGUGCCCCAGUGCUGCUCCCCGUGGCGGCCUCCCACGCCCCAGUGCACGGCCAAGUUGGGGGCUCGGUGCUGCUGGAGGCAGAGCGCCCUGCUGGCUUCCAGGUCCGAGAGGCCAUCUGGAGAUCUCUCUGGCCUUCGGAGGAGCUCCUGGCCACGUUUUUCCGGGGCUCCCCCGAGACUCUGUACCGCUCCCGCUUCCUGGGCCGAGCCCAGCUUCACAGCAACCUCAGCCUGGAGCUCCAGUCCCUGGAGUCUGGGGACAGCGGCAACUUCUCGGUGCUGCUCGUGGACACAGGCGGUCGGGCCCGCACCCGGGUCCUGCAGCUCAAGGUGUAUGACUCAGUGCCCAGGCCCGUGGUACAAGUAUUCAUCGCUGCACCAGGGGAUGCCCAUCCCCCCAAGACUUGCCAGGUGUUCCUGUCCUGCUGGGCCCCCAACAUCAGUGACAUAACCUAUAGCUGGCGACGGGAGGGGCCCACUGACUUCGGUAUUGAACCAAGCGGCCUCUUCACGGAUGGACAGGUGCUGAGGGUUUCACUGGGACCAGGCGACAAGAGCGUGGCCUAUUCCUGCAUUGUCUCCAACCCCGUCAGCUGGGACUUGGCCACCAUCACCCCUUGGGAGAGCUGCCUUCGCGAGGCAGGAAAGUCCUACAGAGAUGUGCUGCUGGUGGUGCUGCCCGUCUCCCUGCUCCUGACCCUGGCUGGUCUCCUGUCCGCCUGGCACUCCUACUACUCAGGGAAGAAGCACAAGAACGUCUGUGCUGACAGAGUGGCUCCAGAGACAGAGAACUCCCUGGUGUAGGGUCUGCCUUGAAGGAAGAUGUAAACUUGCCUGGGCCAUCAGGAAGUGCACUGCCCAAGCACAAUGCUCUGGACGUGGCUGGUGUCUGGAAACCACCAGGUCCUCAUACCCCCCAUGAGACUCCUGUCCCACCUCUAGGAGCUCCCAGCUCUUGCACUGGGAGCCGCCAAGCAGAAAACACUGGCACAACCUUCCGCAUCCCCUUCUUCUCCCCCUGCUCCUUGCAGGUCCUGACUCUGCUUGGGGCAAGACAACAGACCACCCCCUCAAAAAUGCCGGACGUUCUCCAGAGACGUAAAUAGGCCUGGGCAUUCACUGCCACCACCCCCACCAGCCACUACCACUGCCCAUGACGUAUUGUUGUAGACUGGGUUCGUCUCUUCAAAAUCCACGUGUGGAAGUCUUAACCCCAAAUACCUCAGAAUAAGACUGUAUCUGGAAAAGAGAUCAUUAAAAUCACACGAGGUAAUUGGGAUGGGCCCUAAUCCAAUAUGACUGGUGUCCUUAUAAAAGAGGGAGAGACCCCAGGGACGCACGCCCAGAGAAAAGGCCAUGGGAGGACACGGAGAGAAGGAAGACAUCUACGAGCCAGGAGAGAGGCCUCAGAAGAAACUAAACCUGCCGACACCUUGAUCUCGCACUUUUAGCAUCCAAGAUUACGAGAAAAUACAGUUCUGUUGUGAAAGCCGCCCAUUCUGUGACAUCUUGUUGUGGUGACCCUAGCAGACCGACGCAAGUGGUCACUAACUGGCACCAAAGGAUUGCCCCCAGUCUGGGUCCCAGACUCUGAAAGACGUUAAACGGUGAAAGUAACAGGGAAACCCUGAAUCUCCCACUUGCAGCUCCGGCCCCAGCCCAGCCCCUGUACUUUAAGACCUUGAUGUUUCCUGAUGUCCAAAGCGUUUUCAUGAGAACAAAAAAUCUAGAAAUAGAUGAAGGUGAGAGAUGCGGGACAGGGGAUUCUCUUCCCCGCCAGAAGGGCCAUCAGGUCAGCUGAGUUCGUGGCCCCUCAAAGGUAAUUUGCAGGUAGAGACCAUCAAGGGGUCGUCGACGUCUCCCGGUCGGGAUGGGUGCCAUCUUGCAGGUAACACCCUAUUAACGACAUUUCCUCUGUCUCUGCUGCCCACCGUGCAUCCUGUAGGAUCUGGGGCUAGGGUUUGAGAUUCUCUCCUCACUCCCAAGCACAGUGACCUGGAAAAGAGACAUUAAAUUUGCCCCCCGCCAACACAAAGCUCUCGCACGGCUUCAAGCAAAGCAGCUCAGCCUGAGUGUCUCUGCCUGCGACCAAAAAGGUGAGGAGCCAGGAAAAGUGAAGCAGAAAGACAAAUAUGGACGGAACAGGUGUGGGGCCAUCCUAGAGUCUGCUACACUCCCGUUCAGAUGCACGUGCAGGAGGGGAGGAGACAAGGACUCCAGCGCUCAGUGUGAAGACGGCCAAGGUCACUGUCAAAGGAGAGCAUGUGGGAUGUGGCUGCCUUUGGAAAACAGUAUCUGCCACUUGGUGGUCCUGUCUGGAAAAAAUCUGGGACACGACCACUGGAAACUUCUAGGUGGGGCCUCACGGAUGGUGAGUUCCACCGUUAUUCCUUCUCCGGUGCAACCAGAUUCUUUUCUGGGACCUCACUCAAGUCUCGAUCAUGGAGAGGAAGGAGGCACUGAAGGAACAGGGGUGGGCUUCGAAGCAUUUUCCCUGGGCAGCUUCCAUCGCUCCACCCACUAGGUCACUCCUGUGCAAGGAUCACCCCUUGCCCCCCCAGUUUCUGGGCAGUCACUUCACCUCUGACGCCAGCCGGCCCCAUCGGCCUCUAGAUUUACAUCUCCACUCAUCUGCUCAACUAGCUCUGGAAUUUCCCUGCCUCUGGCUCUGCUCUGAGGUCCCCAGCUGGUCACCAGUCUUCAUCUUGCCCUCUUGCCUUUCCCGGGCCCAUUGUCUCCCCUCACCUCCCCCCCAACCCCCCCAGUCCCCCUGAGCAGUG